AUGUCCAACACCACAACCACAACCACUACCAAUACCAAUACCAAUAACAACCCGCACAACAUCCCCCCCUACACCCCCAUGACCUCCCUCUCCCACGAACUCGGCAUCCUCUUCGGCUUUCUCGCCGCCUGUUUCAUCGUAAUGGGCGUGUAUGUUUUCUUCUGGAGAGCCGCCGAAUUCCGCGAAGAACGCGCACAAACCCUCCGACGACAAAUGCUUCUCACACGGGGGAUUCAUCACGGACGGGGUGGGAUUGGGGAGAAGUUCAUCACUCAUCAUCAUGGGCAUGGACAUGGACAUGUGCACGAUGGGAGGUGUUUAGAUGGGAGUGCUGCUGGUGGUGGUGGUGCUGCUGGCUUACAUCAGAGAAAUAAUAAUAAUAUCACGCCGGAGAAUUCUGCAUCUGCUGGGAGUGGGGGGACUAUGUAUGAGAAUGAGAUUGGGGUGGCGUUGACCACGGGGAUGGAUGUGGGUGUGGGUAUUGUUGCGUCGCCGAGUUUGGGGCCGAUGACUCCGACUUCUACGACCGGGAGGGAGAUUCCGGUGGGUGGAUUGAAUGUGGGGAUGGGGAGUAGGAUGAAUGUGAAUCAGGGUGCUGCUGCUGCUGGUGGUGGUGGUAGGGAUGAGAUGGAGUAUGGGGUUGAGAUGGAUGUAUUGGGAUUUUUGCAACGGGGACGGUAG